AUGGCCUGGAAGUGGGUUUUGCAGAUGGACCAGGAGAAGGUGCUGAUCCCUAUUGCAAUGGGUUUGACAAUUCUGGAAGCGCUACAGGAAGCGCUACAGAUACUCCAACCACAUUCAGAUGAUAUCUUGGUGGACGGUAUUUUAGGCUGCAAGUACCAGCGCACUGGCAAGCACUUCCAGUGGUAUGACAUGAUGGAAGUGUGGCGAUUCACAAAGCUGGGACGGCCUUUGUGA